CGUCGGACGAGAGACGUGUUGCAAACUACUUUACUGGCCCGCGGUAUGAACAAAUCAUAUUAUUCCCCAUUUUUUCCUUGCCGUGCGCAUCCAGGAUCUUGAACAAACCCCUCACCAUUUUACCCGACGAUGACGAGUUCCGGUACCUCGACGCCCGCCACAGUGGCCUUGAACUCAAUGACAGAUGUACGCCAAUCCAGCAAUGCAGAAAAUGACCACCAGACCGUUCCAUCUGUAAUUGAAGAGGCCGUCUCGGAUAUCGAGCAUCUUCCGGUCCAAGACGAUCCCCGAAAGUGGUCACCCAUGCGCAAGAAUUUUGUCUUGGGCGUAAUUGCUUCAGGAUCGAUGAUUGCCGGAUUCGGCGCCAACAUACAAAAUCCCGCGAUCGAGGAUAUGGAAAGGGACCUCCCUGCCACAAGUGGGCAAAUUAGCUUGAGCGUUUCACUGUUCAUCGCCUUGCAAGGAGUCACACCCUUGCUUUGGAGUUCUAUCAGUGAAGUGAAAGGCCGCCGGUUCGUCUACUUGAUAUCGCUCCUGAUUUUUAUUGUCGGAUCAAUCAUUGUUGCCACGAGCAAGACGAUAGACCUGGUAAUAGGGAUGCGAUGUCUACAAGCUUUAGGCUCAAGCGCUGUGAUGACUAUCGGUGCGGCUAGUCUUGCAGACAUCUUCGAUCCGGAAGAAAGAGGCAGAAAGAUGGGUAUAUACUAUAUUUCUCCUCUUCUCGGCCCAUCUCUAGGACCUGUAUUUGGAGGAGUUCUCACUACCGGAUUUAAUUGGCGAGCCCCCUUCUGGUUCCUGGCCAUCCUUGCCGGGACUAUUUUUCUGUGCUUUUUGUUCUUUUUCAAAGACACGUACAGGAAGGAGCGAAGUUACGUAUACCAAAAUAUUUUGAAACGGCAUUUGAAGGAGCAGGCGCAGCAAAUGAAAAAGGAGGAGAAGCUGCGGGCCAAGGAGGCCGAAACUCUGGAGAAACCCAAGGAUACGGCGGAGGACGAAAAUAUCAAGACAGAUGCUGAUCUAGAAAAACAAGAGCCUAUCUCUGAAGUCGGAGCCUCGACCCUGGAAACCCUACCAACAAUAAAGCUCUCUUUGAGGGAUGUCAACCCGGUCCAUCCGUUAUGGCUCGUUCUUCGACGGCGGAAUAAUAUCCUCAUGCUACUCUCCUCAGGUAUACUAUUUUCAUACUGCUUCAUAGUGGUAUACACAACAUCUCGAACUCUUGGAAGUGCUUACGGUUAUGACGCACUGACGAUAGGAUUUAUUUUGUUGUCGUUCGGACUGGGAUCAAUGGCUGGGAGCAUACUAGGAGGUCGUUUCUCGGACCGUGAGCUAGCAAGACUCAAAAGAAAGAAUGAAGGAAGAAGUCACCCAGAGAUGCGCUUGAAGAGCACGAUAUAUAGCAUCUGGCUCUUCCCUAUGUCCGUCGUAGGGCUUGCUUGGGUAUGUCAACAGCAUGUACAUGUUGCUGCGAUAUGCGUUAUGCUGUUUGUUUCUGGAUUCUUUGCGAUCUCCGCUUAUGCUAGCGAAUUGGCGUAUAUCGUGGAUGCAAAUGUGGGUCGAUCUUCCAGUGCUGUUUCCCUAAACAGCUCCUUCCGUGGAAUGGCGGCGUUUAUCGGUACGGAGAUCGCAGUACCAGUACAGGAUAAGCUUGGCGAUGGCUGGAUGUAUACCAUCUUUGCCAUCAUUCUUUUGCUCAGUGGGCUAUUGGUGUUACUAGUAAUAAAAAAGGGUGAGGAAUGGAGAGUCCAAGGAGAAGCUAGCGAAGGCGAUAGCAAAUCAUAGUGGUUAAGGUGGACUCCGUUUGAAAGGUACUAAUCUCCCCUAGAACUUAUAGAGUACCAGCAGCUUGUAGUUUGCACUUGAUAAGCUAAGUAUCGCC